AGCCCCCAACACAAUCUUUCCAACCAAAAUAUAAAUAUAGCUCCGUUAGCCUUUUCCAAUGAGCUCACGUGAGUACCUCCAAACCGGUGGAUAUAUAAGGACUGGUCUGUGAUUGGAAGAACAGUACAGCAUCCUCACUCACCAUUCAAAACAGGUCAUAACUAUCCACAGAUUUGUUUGACAGAGUUUCGUGGAGCAGGCAGGAGAAGAAAACAGAGUUUGCCUCUCUCUCCUCCAUGAGUGUGGAGAAUUCUUCAGUGUACAGAUCGGAGCGUAGUUUUCACCAGACCUCUUCUUCUUCUUCUGCUUCUGGGGGCCCGGGCAUGGACAAGAACCGGGGGCUGUUUGCGGAGGACUUUGGCUCCUUCAUGAGGCCUGGGAGCGACGCCUUCUCUGGUGGUGCUGGAAACAUCAAGACUCUGGGAGACUCAUACCAGUUCACUGUGGACGUGCGGGACUUCUCCCCAGAGGACGUCAUCGUGACCACGUCCAAUAACCAGAUCGAAGUGCGUGCAGAGAAGCUGGCCCAAGAUGGCUCCGUCAUGAACACUUUCACCCACAAGUGCCAGCUCCCUGAGGACGUGGACCCCACCUCAGUGACGUCAUCGCUGGGGGCCGAGGGGACGCUCACUGUGAGGGCCCGGAGACAAACAGCCAAACAUGAACACGCACAGACCUACCGCACAGAGAUCAAGAUAUAAACACGGACUCAUGAUCCAAUGUUAUUUUGUACUGGUUGUUUUGUUUUGUCUCCUUCACGCUACUGAAGCCUGCAACACAGAGCCCCUGUCCCUUCCAGCACCAUGAUUCACACUCCUGCUCUGACGUGUGCAGGGUGGGAGCAGAUCACUGGGUUUGUUUUGUACUUAUUUAUUUUUUUGAGCUGCAUUGACUGAAUUAAAUAUUCUCUCAAGUGCUGCUAAUGCCUUUGUCCUACAU